CCCUCAUCAUCUUCCAGGACGAUAACAAUCAUGGACUUCCCCCCCAGUAUCUGGGUUCUCUUAGUUGGUGCGCUUGUCUACACCAGCUUGCACCUGGUCUUCUGCAUCCAGCGUUUCCGCCAGCGCCGCCACUUCACCAGUCGUCACGGCUGCCAACCCAUCGCCAAAUCUUUCAACAAGGACCCCUUUUUGGGACUGGAUACACUGCCCAGUACUAUCCGGGCCAUCCAAAAGCAUCGCAUUCUAGAGCGCAACCGCGAGCUCUUCCACGUCUAUGGCAACACAUUCACUAAUCGCGAGCUGCACAGAAGUAUGAUCCUAACCAUCGAGCCGGAAAAUAUCAAAACCAUCCUCUCAAUAAACUUCCAAGACUAUAGUCUUCGCUACCGUCUCGAGCCUUUCAAACCGCUCUUGGGACAAGGUAUCUUCAACACUGACGGCGAGCACUGGGCUGCGUCGCGUGCGCUGAUCCGACCGAGUUUCGCCCGCGACCAGGUCAUCGCUGAUCUAAGCGCGCUGGAGGAAUUGAUUCAGGACUUGUUAGCGUUGCUGCCGCGAGAUGGACGCACGGUGGAUCUGCAGGAAUUGUUUUUCUUGUACACGAUCGACUCCGCGACGGGGUUUCUGUUUGGAAAAUCCAUCCACACUCUGAGGAACGAGCAGAGCGAGAACAAGUCGACUGGUUUUGCGGAGGCUUUUGCGUACGCACAGAGAGCAGUCCUCGUUCGAGGUAUGCUGGGCGCAUUGAACGCUAUCUACCGAGACCGCAGAGCCGAGAAAUGUAAUCGUAUGUGUCGGGACUUUGUGCGGCAGUUUGUGGACGAGGCGGUUGAAGCCACCCAGCAAUCGCAGAGACAGAAGAGUGGUGGCGAGAAGACUAGCGAGACAGGCUCAGCGAAGGGCAAGCGCGUCUUCUCGCAUGAGCUAGCGUCGCGCACGUCGGAUAAAGAGCGCAUUCUGGAUGAACUGAUGAGCGUGCUCCUCGCAGGACGUGACACUACCGCCAGUCUGCUGGGGAAUCUUUUCUUCAUGCUGGCUAAGAACCCUGCUAUCUGGGCCAAGCUGCGGCGGGAGGUUGAGUUCUUGCAGAACCGGCCGCCAACCUAUGAGGAGCUCAACUCGCUCAAGUAUGUGGAGUGCUGUAUCAAGGAGUCCCUCCGUCUCCACCCUGUUGUUCCCCGCAACCAACGUGAAGCUACGAGGGACACGGUCUUGCCUCUGGGCGGCGGUAAAGACGGCCUUUUCCCGGCAUUCGUUCCCAAAGGGACCCUCGUCGCCUACAGCGUCUAUGCCAUGCAUCGUCGGGUCGACCUGUACGGUCCAGAUGCUAACGAGUUCCGCCCCGAGCGCUGGGAGGAUGGCACAUUGCAGCGGCAACUGCGCUGGGGGUAUCUGCCCUUCAAUGGCGGCCCCCGCAUCUGUAUCGGUCAGCGGUAUGCUUUGACUGAAGCGAGCUAUGUCUUGGUUCGAAUGGUUCAAGAGUUCCGGAGGCUGGAGAGUCGAGAUCAUGGACCGUGGGAAGAGAGCCGGGGCCUAACGCUUUGUUCGAGAAAUGGGACGCUUGUUGGGCUGAUUCGCUGAGUAUUGGAAGAGAAGCAAUCUCGACACAUCGUGAUUGUCACUGACCAUGUACCUAUAAGAGCAUAUCAGAUUGCACCUGGUGUAAUGUUCUUGUUGAUC